GCCGCGGUGUCUGCCGGUCGCACCGGGACUCUCUUAAACAAGAUGGCGGCUGUUGGCCCCGGGGGCCCCGUCCCUCAGUUACCCCCGCACCGCGCCGCUCCUGCCCGUAUCGGGUGUUAUGAAGUGGAGCGCACCAUCGGCAAAGGCAACUUCGCAGUAGUUAAGCUCGCCACGCACAUCGUCACCCGGGCCAAGGUGGCGAUUAAGAUUAUUGAUAAAACCAAGUUGGAUGAAGAGAAUCUAAAGAAGAUAUUUAGAGAAGUCCAGAUAAUGAAGAUGAUGUGUCACCCUCAUAUCAUCCGCCUCUACCAGGUGAUGGAAACUGAGCGAAUUAUUUACCUCGUUACGGAAUACGCCAGCGGAGGGGAGAUAUUUGAUCAUCUGGUCGCACACGGGCGCAUGGCAGAGAAAGAAGCUCGCAAGAAAUUUAAACAGAUUGUGGCGGCUGUCUAUUUCUGUCACUGCAGGAAUAUUGUGCACCGGGAUUUAAAAGCUGAAAACCUUCUGCUAGAUGCCAACCUGAAUAUCAAGAUUGCAGAUUUUGGAUUCAGUAACCGUUUCACUCCUGGGCAGCUGCUGAAGACGUGGUGUGGAAGUCCACCCUAUGCUGCUCCAGAACUAUUUGAAGGGAAGGAAUAUGAUGGGCCUAAAGUGGACAUCUGGAGCCUAGGGGUGGUGCUUUAUGUGCUCGUGUGCGGUGCACUUCCCUUCGAUGGAAGCACGCUGCAGAAUUUGAGGGCUCGUGUCCUGAGUGGAAAGUUUCGCAUCCCGUUCUUUAUGUCUACAGAGUGCGAGCACCUGAUCCGUCAUAUGCUUGUGCUGGAACCUACUAAACGCCUUUCCAUGGAGCAGAUCUGCAAACACAAGUGGAUGUGCCACGGGGAACAUGAUUUGGAGUUUGAAAAGCUGAUAGCGGAGUGCCAGCACGUGAAGCUGGAGAGACAGCGUGAGCCUCUGAAUGAGCAAGUGCUUCAUACGAUGGAUGAGAUGGGACUGGACAGAGAGCGGACCUUACAGUCCUUGAGGACAGAGGCGUAUGAUUACUUCAGCGCUAUAUACAGUUUGCUUUGUGAAAGGCUGAAGAGACACAAGAAUCUCCGUCUUCCCAACUUGCCCAGUGUGCCACGUACUGUACCAUUCUCCGCUCCAUCCAUCCAGAGUGAUCCCGGUAGUAAUACUGUCAGCAUGAAUGUACCACAGGUUCAGCUCAUCAAUCCAGAAAAUCAAAUUGUUGAGACAAAUGGUACCAUGAACCUUGAUAGUGAUGAAGGUGAGGAACCUUCUCCAGAGGCCCUGGCACGUUACCUGUCCAUGAGGAGGCACACUGUGGGAGUUCCAGAUACCAACGCUGAAGGGGGCACUGAGGAAAUGCACAAAGCCAUUGCUGGGUUCCCAAGGACAGCUCCCCAGGGUCCUUUCUUUCCUACGGGCCAAAACGCAAAUGCUCUGCACACACUGCUGCCCAUUCACAACAUGGCUGCUGGUGCCCACCUAGAGUACAAGGAACAGUCACUCCUUCAGCCCCCCACGUUACAACUCCUGAAUGGAAUGGGACCCCUUGGUCGACGUGCCUCUGACGGAGGGGCCAACAUUCAGCUGCAUGCUCAGCAACUCCUGAAGAGGCCACGGGGACCAUCUCCACUGGUCACCAUGGCAGCUGCAGUACCUGCGGUCACACCAGUGGAUGAGGAGAGUUCAGAUGGGGAGCCAGAUCAGGAGGCGGUGCAAAGGUAUCUCGCCAACCGAAGCAAGCGGCACACGCUAGCGAUGACCAGCCCCACUAUGGAGAUCUCUCCUGACCUCCAGCGUCAACUAGGACAACAGCAAAGUAUCCGGAGCCGGGGAUGGCCAACCCACCUCGCCCCUGACCAGCAUCGCUCCAUGUAUAAAGACUCCAACACUCUCCACCUUCCUGCUGAGCGUUUCUCUCCAGUUAGAAGAUUCUCUGAUGGUGCAGCAACAAUACAGGCCUUCAAAGCUCAUUUAGAGAAGAUGGGACACCAGAAUAGCAGCAUCAAACAACUUCAACAGGAGUGUGAGCAGUUGCAAAGGAUGUACGGAGUGCACAUGGAUGAGCGGACGCUCGAGCACACACAACAGCAGCACAUUAUGUACCAGCACGAGUUCCAGCAUCACCUCUUGCAACAUCACAUCCAGGUCCAGGACUGUACGCGGCCCCCACAGCCAUCUCCCCCACUUCAAGCAUCUACCAUAGCACCUUCCUGUGAGAGUCAGCCAGCUCUUCUCACCCACCAGCUCCAGAGGUUGCGAAUUCAACCUUCCAGCCCACCCCCAAAUCCAGCCAGCAACCCCCACUUCCGACAGUCAAACAGUCCACCACCAUCGUCCAGUGCCAUACUACAGCCGCAUGGGGGUCCAGCAUCCUCUCAGUAUCAGGGGAUUGCAGCCCACAGUGCUCUAUACCAGCCACCCAGCAGUGCGUCACCACCUCCUAAUAUCACGCUACCACAUCUGGGUGUCCAGCAGCAGUCGAGCCAGCAGCAGACAUCCCAGCAAGUCACCAUUCAGGUUCAAGAACUAUCUGAGUUGCCAGGAGCCUCUCGGGGCAUGCCAAUCACUCAGUGUGGCAAUCAUAUGCAGAUUCAGCAGCGAGCAACACUAAUGGCUUCUCUGGGAAACUACAGUCAUCGGCCACUGUCCAAACAGCUAAGUGCAGACAGUGCUGAGGUGCACAGAUACAGGAAGGAUGGACACAGCACUGAGGGGCACAGUGGGAAUAUUGGCUUCACACCCUGUACAAAUUAUGCUCAGACUCACUUGCAUCCCCAUGUUUUCACUGACCAUCCGCACGCGUCCUCUGCCGUCUACUCCUCCACGGGGGCAACAGGAUACACACAAGCUCUAAAAGUUCCCCAACUGGAGCAGUAUUCUGGCUUUUCUGCCUCUUCACAGCAGAACUAUUCCCCAUCCUCUCUUCAGCAGGCCCUGCUCUCCCCUACCCCGGGCACCUAUCCCCGGCAUCACCAGCAGCUGCCACACAUUCUGCAGGGUCUGCUCUCCCCUCGCCAUUCCCUGACAGGGCAUACAGAUGUGCGCCUGCCCCCCGCUGACUUUAUGCAGCUCAUCAAACAGCACCAGCAGCAGCAACAGGAGUUACAGGAACUCUUUAGCUCACAACUGAGCCAGGUGGACUCAGGGAACCUUCCAUACCAGACUGCUACAGAACCCUAUCACCAUCCCCAGCACCUCCUCCAGAUCCGUGCACCCACCACAGCGUCACCACCCAGAUACCACCCAACCAUGCUGCACACAGAGAGCAUGGAGGAGGACUGUUCUGUAGAGGGGCAACAGGAUUGUGAGCCAGAGAUGGGUAGAAUUUUGGCCACACCAGUUCAGGAGAGCAGGCAAGGGGAUGGAGAGCUGGGUGCUCUGGUACUUGAUGAGCAAGCUAUUGGGGCACAGCAGUAUCAGCCGUCAUACAGCCGGACCAAGACAACCAGCAGAGAAUCAAGCCCAUUGACGACUUGUAUGGAUAGAGUCUCCCAUCCUGAGGGCAUGGAGGUUCCAGACCACAAUGGUGUACCUUACUCCCCCAGACCCUCCCCCAGCGAUCACCCACGUACUAGGAUGCUCCAGCGGCACCAUACUAUUCAGACCAGCGAUGAUGCCUAUGUGCAGCUGGAUAACUUAACUGGGAUGAGUUUAGUGGCGGGCAAAGCUCUCAGUUCGGCUCGCAUGUCUGAUGUCGUACUGAGCCCUCAACAUCAUGAUGGUGACACAGAGGAUUGUGAGAAGAACCCUGAAGAAACUGAUUUGCCUUUGUUGGUUGACAGUGGCCAGUCCCUGCCGGCAUCCUGUUACCCCUCCUCCAUGCUUAUGGGCUACAAGCACACAGACUUGAACUUCAGCAUGGAGCAGGCAGGGGUGUGAUACAUUUUCUGUCUGGGCAGAGAGGAUCCCAUCAUCUUAAUACCGACAGUAUCUGCAGCUUCAGCUCCAAAUUUUAUGCAUAUUUUUUCCCUGAAUGACCGGCUGCCACCAACCCCAUCGCAGACUCUAGGAGCCCCUUUUUAAGGCCACUUCCAAAACAAGAAGCUGUGGGCAUCACGGGGAGGGACGGGGUAACUUGUUCUUGGUCAGAGAGUAAGCUGCUACUUGCCCAGUCACAGGGGCUGAGGGGAAGGGAUGACAGCACGGUCCAGCUACUAAUAGAAUUACCAGCAGAGAAUCCCAUGAAGAAACAUGCCCACCUGGAAGUGGGUAGUAGAGGCUGGCCCCCGAGGGAACAGGCAGGCGAGGCUGCAGGCCAAGGGGGAUGGCCCAAGAGACAAUUGCAUAAAUAGACAGUGACAGGAUAAGCUGGACCCUAAGUGGGACCUGGCAGGAAGUUGACACUUAAGCUGGGUGAGCAUGGCAAAAGAAGCUGGUAUCCAUGGUUGGCCUGACUGAGAGGAGAAUCUGGUCCCCUAGAUAGAUGCUGGCGAUAACUUGCUAGAUACUAAUAGAGGCUAGAGCUUGAGCAAUAUGAGACUAGCAGGACACAGUGCCAAGAGACUCAUAAGGGCUUGUCUGCUGUCCCAUAUGGAGAACCCAGUCAUAAAAAUAAGAAAAUGUUCUAUUGCUAAAUAUAUGUCUCUUAUAUGUAAUAAAUAAGCUGAUCCUGCACUGCUAGUCUUGGCCUAGUGUGUCCUGUAGUCAGUCUUUGCCUGGUCUGGCCUUGCUGUAUGCGUCCUCAUGUGCUAGUCUUGGCCUAGUGUGUCUUUUAGUCAGGUUUAACAUGGGCUGGCCUUGCUGCGUGCGUCCUCAUCUGCUAGUCUUGGCCUAGUGUGUCCUGUAGUCAGUCUUUGCCUGGUCUGGCCUUGCUGUAUGCGUCCUCAUGUGCUAGUCUUGGCCUAGUGUGUCCUGUAGUCAGGCUUAGCAUGGGCUGGCCUAGCUGCGUGCGUCCUCAUGUGCUAGUCUUGGCCUAGUGUGUCCUGUAGUCAGGCUUAGCAUGGGCUGGCUUUGCUGCGUGCGUCCUCAUGUGCUAGUCUUGGCCUAGU